AUACAAGAUGAAGCCUGCGCGUUUACAAGUGACUCAAGCACAAUUGGAUGAAUAUUUACGAGAGAAAAGACCAGAAGGUGGUACCUAUAAUAUUUGGCAUCAUCGUUAUUCUGGACUUGAGCGAGAUUUCAAUAAACAAAGUACACGACCCAAGUUCAAAGUGAACAUCGCGAGAGAUGCAGGAGAAACAGUGGGUUCACGCAACCCCAAUGCCUAUUUUUGCUUGUUUUUUGCUAAAGGCAUGUGUUGUAAAGGCAGCAGGUGUCACAUGUGGCAUCGUGUGCCUACCACAGAAGACCAUGUCGAGACCACGAUUGAUUGCUUUGGUCGUGAUAAAUUUACUGAAUUUCGUCAAGAUAUGGGUGGUAUAGGUGGUUUUAUUCGUGAAAACAAAACGUUGUAUAUAGGUCGCAUUGCCAUCACAGACGAUGUGGACGAGGUUAUCAAACGUCAUUUUGGCCAGUUUGGUCCUCUUGAUCGUGUCCGAAUCCUUAAAUCGCGUGGCGUUGCUUUUGUGACCUACAAGACGCGAGCCAACGCCGAGUUUGCAAGAGAAGCCAUGAUGAAUCAAGACUUGGACAAUAAUGAGAUUAUCAAUGUGCGUUGGGCUACAUUAGAUCCCAAAGCACAAGAAUGGGAAGAUGAAGAGGAAGAACGAUUAGAAGAACACAAGUUUGAACAAGAGUUGGCUGUCAUGGAUAGUGAAGAAGGAGGUCGACAAGAAGCAGAAGCUGAUUUGCCUGCUGAAUUCACGAGCCUAAAGCGUGAUGUAGACGAAGAUGGAUUUAACGAGAUGGAAGAACGUAUUAAACGACGACGACAGGAAGAAGAAGAUGAAGCUCAAGAAUUAGCUGCCAAUCAAGAGAUUGCACAAAGAGAAUACGAAGAAUACUACAAGCAAUACUAUGAACAACAACAAAAAUAUUAUGAACAACAACAAAAACAAAUAGAACAAGAAAACAAGAAAGUGGCAGGCAUCAUUCCUCAAAAAGUCUUAACCAAUCUCAAGACACUCUCAAAAAAUACAGAUUUGACCAUCAAAAACAAGAAUACCAAUGGAUUAGGUGGUUUAGCUGAUUACGCAAGUGAUAGUGAAGAAGAAUAACUUAAUAAAAAAAACUUAUUUACUCAGUUCUAUAGACACUACAAAAAAAGAGUAGUGUCAGGCCAAACUCCUUUAUCAGCUUGGCAAAUACAGAUUAUUUGCUCUGAACAAGGAUGGAGAUUCAUCUUUGUAAAUAAGUUGUAAAGAAAAAAAAAGAAAAGAAAAAAAUUUUUUAUCCAUUUAAAUUACAAAUACGCAAC